AUGUCAUCUACCAGUUUCCCCACCACCCCGAGCCAGAAACACUACGAUGUCGUGAUUAUUGGAGGCGCGACCAGUGGCACCUCGAUUGCCUGGCACUUGAGCACCAACCCGGAUUUCAGCGGCUCAGUUCUCGUCGUUGAGCGUGACCCCUCGUUGCAAUAUUCUGCCACCAAGGCAAGCAACAACUGCAUGCGCCAACAGUUUGCAACCAAGAUCAACAUCGAAAUCGCACAGUAUGCAGCAGACUUUGCCAAGCGUUUCGGGGCCAAUUUUGGCCUUGAUCCUUGCGUCCCACAGCCUCCAAUUCGCGAUUUCGGCUACCUAUACCUGUCUGAUUCCGAGUCCUUCACGAAAGUCCUCGAGAAGGAUCAACAGCUGCAGUCUCGCCUUGGUGCAGGGACGCAAAUAAUCCCUACAACAGACAUAAAAGAAAGAUACCCUUUCUUUUAUACGGAUGACCUUGACUCCGGAAGCUUGAAUACCAAGGACGAGGGGUGUUUCAAUGCGUUUGGGAUGGUCGAAUGGAUGCGCAAGACCAGCUGCGACAAUGGGAUUGAAUACAUCUGCAAUGAAGUGGUCAACAUGGUCAUCGAUAAAGGUCAAAUUCAAGCUAUCGAGCUUCUGGAUGGCGAGAGGAUUAGUGCCGACAAGGUUAUCAACGCCGCGGGCACCCGUGCCGCCCAGGUCGCUUCGUUGGUUGGGGUUGAACUACCCAUUGAGGCCCGGCGGCGAUAUACUUAUAUCUUUUCAGUUGAUGAUCCACUUUCUCAAGACCUACCUCUGACCAUUGAUCCAUCUGGUGUACACCUCCGUUCUUAUGCCGACAAGGACUAUCUUGUUGGUUGUCCGCCGACUGGGGCAGACGUCGCAGUUGAUGUGAACGACUUUAGCUUUGCCGAAAAUGCUUGGGACGAAAAGGUCUUCCCUAUUAUAUCUCGUCGUAUUCCUCAAUUUUCUACCGCGCGAGUCACUGACUCGUGGAUGGGCCACUACGAGUUCAAUACAUUUGACCACAACGCAGUCGUUGGCGCACACAACAGUAUCCGCAACUUUCUUUUCUGUGUCGGUUUCUCGGGCCAUGGGAGUCAGCAAGCCCCAGCUUGCGGUCGUGGCAUUGCGGAAUUGGUUGUGUAUGGGGAGUUCAAGACAUUGGAUCUCAGCGCACUAUCUUAUACACGGAUUCUAGAAGGUCGGCCACUGACGGAGCGAGCAGUUAUCUAA